CGCUCCGCAGUGACGUAGCACGCCGCAGGCCGGGAGUGCGUGCGCGCCCUCGCUUCUUCCUCUUUCUCGACUCCAUCUUUGCGCUAGCGGCACGUAGGGGCCGCAGUUCAGCCGCCGACAUGCAGCUGUUCGUUCGCGCGCAGGAGCUCCACACCCUCGAGGUGACCGGCCGGGAGACGGUCGCCCAGAUCAAGGCUCACGUAGCCUCGCUGGAGGGCAUCGCGCCCGAGGACCAAGUGGUGCUGCUAGCGGGGACGCCCCUGGAGGAUGAGGCCACCCUGGGCCAGUGCGGCGUGGAGGCCCUGAGCACCCUGGACGUGGCCGGGCGCAUGCUGGGAGGCAAAGUCCACGGCUCCCUGGCCCGCGCCGGCAAAGUGAGAGGUCAGACUCCCAAGGUGGCCAAGCAGGAGAAGAAGAAGAAGAAGACGGGCCGCGCCAAGCGACGGAUGCAGUACAACCGGCGCUUCGUCAACGUGGUGCCCACCUUUGGCAAGAAGAAGGGCCCCAACGCCAACUCCUAGGCCCUCUGUCAUCCCGGCUCCCCAAUAAAGCCGCGCCGGCCGUCUCA